AUGUGUCUCGUUCCAAUCUCGCAAGAUCUCGUUCCAACCUCGCAGGACUUGAAACACAACAUUAAAAUCAUCAGGGAUCAAAUCAACAAUAAAAUCGCACAAAAAAUCGCGCAAAAAAUCACAGAGCCUGGGGUGGUGACCGAGGGCGGCUGGCAAUAUGGAGGUGAACCUUUUCUGCAGUCGGUCGAGACACUCCGAACUCAAAUUCAAAAAGAGCUCAAAAAUGUGAAAGUGAGAGAACGCCGCUCCGCCCUCGCAACUGCAGACUACUAA